AUGUCAAGACGUAGGCGUUGCGCUUUUGAUUCUGAUAAUCUAGAAGAGUAUAUAUAGGUAUAUAAACAUGUAAUAUCAGCUUGCCACUAUUGGAUAAAAUUAAACUAAUCUCUUUUACGAUGACAAAAAAUUGAAAUGGGUUAAUGGAUUGAAAUAAGUAGAUGAAACUAAAUAUACUCCAAAAUAAAUAGAAGGAUUCGAACAUGGUCAUUUUCAAAAUGAUUAUAUUGAUACUUCUGAACUUCCACCUGAUAUUCACUUGAAAUCUAGUGAGGAAGUCAUUAAUCAUCACAUAAUGAUAUUAGGAGAUAUCAAUGAAUGCCUUAAACAAUCACUUAGUAUGUUCUGUAUGUAGAGUCGUAAAAAUAGCAAUGAAGAUUUCAAUGAAGAAUUGAUAUCUCCAUUGAAAAAGUAAUUAGAACUAUAUAAUUCUUAGUAAACUGUGCCUUGAUUUGGCAAUUAAAAGAAUUCAAGAAAGGGAUGGAGUUCAUAUGAUUAAGUUUCUUAUGCAUGAUACAUCGAUUUCGGAUUAUGCUCCUAUUAUCAAUGGUAUAUUAUAAUUCUACUUUUUAUGUAGUUUACUUUCUCUAAACUUCGAUUUACAUACUAGCAUUUGAUGUUGAUUAAAAAGAUUUCGAACCUUAAAAGGAGCAAGAUAUGAUUUCUUAUGUAAAGGAGCGAGCUAUGAAUGUGAAAAACAUUUAUUCAGUUUACUUUACUGAUUAGGAUAUUUCUGAUUAAAGACAAAAUAAAUAUUUUUGUAAUAGAUGGAAUAUAGGUGCUAUUCUCUCUUAAGUAUUUAUAAAAAUUAAUCAAAGAUUAUCGAAUAAGUUAUUACUUAAUGA